CAGCUGUCAAUUGUCAAUCCUGUGAAAAAAAAUGUUUUCAAUUGUUAGCCGGUCGGUAGAAUAAUUUUCAUAUUUACACGAAAAUCAAUUAAAUAGGUAAAAAGAUAAUAAGUUCAAGCCCUUCAGUGAGAAAUUAGGAAUAGAUUUCUUGUUUUGAGUCUAACAGUUACUCGUCAUGCCCCAAGCACGUCGGAAGACCCCGUUCAGCGGGAAGGCCAAAAAACAACAGCUGCAGUCUAAGAAGCAGAACAAGGUUUUACUUAUGCCUACAUCGACAGGAACAAAUGCAUACGAUGUGGUCUCAGUCAACUACCAGCCGAGUCGUGGACGCGGAGGACGGGACACAAACAGAUAUGCACUAAAGUUCUACCGUGAAACUGAAGAUGAGCUUAAAAUUAAAAAGGAAGAUGCUCUGAGAGCUCUGAGUCCUGUUCCAGAGAAAGAAAUGGAGAUUAACUCCUUAGAUUAUUUUCCUGUCGACUUGUCCUUUCCUAGAAGACCACCGUGGGACUUCAAUAUGACAGCGGCACAAUUAGAUGCACAAGAGCAUAGAUAUUUCAAGAACUACAUAGAUAAACUGCAAGCCUCGGAACAUUGGAAGGACAUUUCCUAUUUUGAAAUGAAUCUGGAGACAUGGCGUCAAUUGUGGAGGGUUCUAGAAAUGUGUGACAUUCUCCUUUUGAUUGUCGACGUUAGAUAUGCUGGCAUGAUGUUCCCGCCGUCUCUAUAUGAAUACAUAGUGAAAGAUCAACACAAGAAUAUGAUAGUCGUAAUGAAUAAGAUAGACUUGGUGCCGGCCGGCGUGGUCGCAGCCUGGAAGGAGUAUUUCGUGGAGAAAUAUCCUGGAUUGAGGGUAGUUUACUUCACUUCGUGCCCCAGCUACAAUCUGAGGGGAGCAUCAAGCGAUAAAGCAGGUCUACAGGUCCGUCGUCGUAAAGGGAGACAGAGAAUGUGCUCGGAAGGGGCCACGAAGAUUCUAGAAGCAUGCAAGGACAUAGUCAACGGAGAAGUGGAUCUUUCAUCGUGGGAGAAGAAGAUACGGGACGAGACGGAAAUCGACUUUGACGAGGAUGAAAAAGAGAUUGGUGAAGCGAUAAUCCAGAAGGCCGACACCACGUACUUUGCUCACGAGCGGUACAGGAACGGCACGCUGACCGUCGGCUGCGUGGGCCAGCCCAACGUCGGCAAGUCCUCGCUCAUGAACUCCGUGAUGGGCCGCAAGGUGGUCUCCGUGUCGCGGACCCCGGGCCACACCAAGCACUUCCAGACCGUGUACCUGACGCCGCAGGUACGUCUGUGCGACUGUCCCGGGCUGGUGUUUCCGUCGAAGGUGCCUAGGCCCAUACAGAUCCUGAUGGGUUCAUAUCCCAUAGCCCAGCUCAGGGAGCCGUACACCGCCAUAAGGUACUUGGGUGAGAGACUAAACCUACCACAGCUGUUGCGCAUCGAGCACCCGGACAACGACGACACGUGGUCGCCCAGGGACAUCUGCGAUGGCUGGGCGAAGAAACGCAGUUAUCUGACAGCGAAAUCUGCCAGAUUGGACACGUACAGAGCCGCGAACAGCCUGCUCAGGAUGGCGUUGGACGGUAGAAUAUGCCUUUGGCUGCGGCCUCCCGGCUACACUGAAAAAAAAGAGUAUUUCGAGAAGUGCGAUGAGAUAAAAUACGUGAAGUGGGUCCAAUCGUUGAGCGAAGGGGACGCUGGCGAGUCAUCGCCCGUGGUCAGUAGCGACGCCGGCAGCGAUCAUGAGGACACAGAUGACAACGAUGAUGACGAUGACGACGAUGACGACGACGACAGCGCUGAGACGGCGGUGAUGGCGAACAAGUUCUCUGCCCUCAUUCAAGAUUGAAUAAAGCAAUAAAUAAAU